AACCUGAUUAAACCAUAUGUUUACUAACUAUAGAUAAGUAGCCUACAUAUGCAUCUAAGCGUAGGCUAUAUAAGUACUUUAUUUGUCGUAAUGGGCAACCACGAAGUUGUGAAAUCGCUGGAUAUAAUGGGAGACAGUAACCAGAGUGGUGUAACCAACAGAUCAAUCAGUGAUCGCGAGCGCUUUAAAAGCCUGGAAGACAUCGAUGUGUCCGCCGACGGGAGUCCGGUGUUGAGAUGCAUGAUCUCCAUCACCUACUCUGUGGUUUGCGUCGUAGGUCUGAUCGGGAACCUGUUGGUGUUCUUUUUUAUUCGCGUGAGACAAGAGAGACGCAUAUCCAAAAUAAACUUUUUCAUCCUCAAUUUGGCAGUAACGGAUUUCCAGUUUGUGUUGACUUUGCCUUUCUGGGCCGUGGACACGGCGCUGGACUUCAGCUGGCCGUUUGGUGACGCCAUGUGUAAGAUCAUCCUGUCGGUGACCGUGAUGAACAUGUACGCGAGCGUCUUCUUCCUGACCGCGAUGAGCAUCACGCGGUACUGGUCAGUGGCUUCCGCUCUGAAGGACCGCAGCAGACAGAGCAGCUGCUCCAUCAGGUGGGUCAGCGUCGUCCUGUGGUCCCUGGCCACCGUGGCCACCGCGCCAACAUCCAUCUUCUCCACAGUCACCAACGUGGCCGGCGAAAAACUUUGUUUAUUGCGGUUCCCCGAGGGACAGUAUUGGUUGGCAGUCUAUCAUCUCCAGAAAAUACUAAUCGCUUUUAUUUUGCCGAUGGCGAUAGUCUCGAUCAGUUACCUACUGCUGUUGAGGCUCAUCCGACAGCGGAGCAUGAAGAACAACUCAAAACGAAGAACGCAAGUCACAAAGUCCGUCACCAUCGUGGUCUUGUCGUUCUUCCUCUGCUGGAUGCCCAAUCAUGCCAUCACUUUUUGGGGCGUGCUGGUGAAAUUCAAUGCUGUGUACUGGGAUAAGUCGUACUAUAUCGUUCACACAUAUGUGUUUCCUGUGACUGUGUGCCUGGCGCACGCGAACAGCUGUUUAAACCCACUUAUUUACUGUCUUAUGCGCAGAGAGUUCAGGAAAAAACUGAAGGACCUGUUUCUCCGAGUCUGACAAACAGGUGUAUGUGCAUGCGACUCUGUCCAUUGGAACAAAUGGUAUUUCCUUGUUUAAAGGGUUAUUUAUUUCAAAUUUCACUUUCAGACAUAUUUACCCAACCUCUUGUUUUUCCAAGUCUGCAUGAGUUUAUUACCUCAGUGGAGCUCAAAAUGGAUGUCAGUUCACAGGUUUGGGACAACAUGAGGGUGAGUAAAUAAGAGUAGAAUUUUUAUUUUUGGGUGAACUGCCGCUUAACAGUAAUAGGGUACGUUUGUUGCGAUGGUAUUGCGUGAACGUCCUUGUAUUUGUAUUACUGCUGUUCGUGUGGAACAUUAUUUUAAAAUAGCUUAAUUGUCGACAUAAAAUGUCACCUUACUUUUGAGUUAAAAACCACCACCAAAAAAAAAGCUAGUGACAUAAUGGUUACAUUUCAGUGCACCAUACUGUAAAACUGAGCGACCGUCAUUCCUCUACUGUGAGAAUAUUCAAAUUAAUACAGUAUUGUGCACUUUAGAUUUCAAUUUAAGGGGUAAUUGUGUAUAUCUUGUUGUUUUUGAAUGUUAAAAUUAAAUCUAUUUAAAUUAAUUAAGUAAAUAAAGAUCUGACUUUAAUACACAGAGUGAAAGAGACCAGUAUCAUUGUUUUCUAUAUAAAAUAAAACCAUACUGACACUGGUAGAUUUAAAUCGAAAGGCUGAACUGAAACCUAAAAAGGGUAUUUUGCAUAGACGUCAAACUCAUAUUUUUUGGCCAAAACUUUGGUUUGAUAUUGUAGAAGAAUAAUGUUUAAAUUUAGCAGAAAAGCCUAUAAUAAGCUGUUUAAUAGUAAGUUUGGCCUACAAUUUGAUAACCCACACUGUGUGACAACAUAACUCUGUUAUUGGUCACUGAACAGUAAAUUGGUUCUAUGACCAGUUUCAGAACAGUAUAUCAUAAAUAAUAUUAAUAGUGGAAAAAAAUUGUGACACUAACCCUAGUCUUCCCUUUGUAACUGCAUUAUAUUUUUUUAUCACAGGCCAUUUACAAUUUUAAACAUUUCAGAAAAUAUACAUUCUCGGCAACAUCAAUUAAUUUGAUGUUGUUUAACACAUCUUAAUGACUUAAUAAGGUUGGGAUGACCACACCACCUGGUUGAGCAAAAGACAAGUUAAAGUUUCAAUGAUCAAUCCAAUUUGUUGAUUCUCCUUGCUCUCUCUCAAAAUAGCCCUUUCACAGUGCUUCCCUAUCAGUCUUGUCUCAUUCUUAAUUAGCAUUACUGACAGACACUCCCACAAGCUCCCCGCUAAGAUACCACCUUCCAUACUGAUCAGAGCUUUGCGAAUCAAAGGAUUCAGGCAUAUAUAUAUGUAUAGCAAAGCCAGACAGAAAUAUAUUUCAUUUAGUCGGGCGAGGCCAUAUCAGUAUCUUUGCACACAUUUAAAUGUGUUCUUGCAUCCAAUGGAAAUGACAGCUCUGCGGCAUGCAGUUAAUUACCCAGAAAGAGGAGAUCAGGUUCAUAACUAAUGAGAAUGCUUAAUGUCUUGUUACAUCGUGGUGGCUUUAAAUCACUUACACAGUAAGCUAAUGAUGGUCAUUUGCAGGCAAUUUGGAAGAUUUGCAAAGACACAUCUGCUGCUGUUUACCGUCACACUCACACAGGAGCCUUUUAAUGGACAUCCGGCACAGAAGUGAUGCUCUCGAUGAUGUUCUGGUGAUUAUGAUAUGUCACACUCCCGUGUUUAGUCUGUGGAGGUCAACGGAUUGUGAGGAACAGUAUGGGCACCAGUGAAUCUUUUUUUGGACACAAAUAUUUUCCUACCAAAGACCAAACCAAAAGUAUCCUUUAAAAGCAAAACAGUAGGCACUAUUAUUUCUCCUAUUAUUUGGCUACUCUCAUUUUAUAUGUGCACUUAAAUGUCAUUUGAAUACUGUUUACAUAUUUAGUAAUAGAAACAAAACUAAGGCAUAUGCCUGCAUGUUUCCUGUUUGUGUACACAUUGUGAGUCUAUUCAAAGCAGCCCAUAUGUUUCGACCAGUACCAUUAUUGCUGCUAUAACAAAUUUUCCAUGUACUUUGCCUUUUUCAUGAGCUGUGGUCACAUUUUGUGUUUGGAGGUAUGGAGCUGACUACCGAACCUUAAUACAUGUAUUAAACCACUCUUUGUUUCACCCAGGAUUUGUCUAGAGUGCUGUGUGGAUGCAAAUUUACUGGUUUGCCUAUGGAAGAUCGCCGAUAUUACAAAACUCACUUUGGCCUCCCACAGAGUGUGCUAAUAUAAUAUGAUCCCCCGCUGUUAACAGGAUUUCCUGUGGAGGCACGGUUUCCUAUUACCGAGUGGGUUAGGAGUUAUGUUACGCAAGUCACUUCCUAAUGCACAACAUCAAAUCAAUAUAUCACCAUUACAAUCUAGAUAAGAAUUUCAUCAUAUUGAAAUUUAAUUAGUCCCUUUGGAUGUGUAUAUUCCACUCUCAUCAUGUCAGUAUAUUGCUCUCUGCACCAGAAUGUA